CCUCUGCGCAUUCUCAGACAGCGUUCUGUGAUUGGACAGCAUGAAGUGCAUCAUCCGCAAGAGCUUAUUUUCGUCGCAACGCGAUGACGAAACGAUUCAGUUGUAAACAUGGAGGAGAGAGAAGCACUGAAGAGGGAAAUUGAACUUCUACAAAAUCUUAUCGAUAAACAUAAGAGUGUCCAUGGCAACACCCCAUUUGCAAGAUUUGACCAGAGGCAGCCAGAACCGUCAGCCAGAAGUCAGAGCACAUCUGUCAUCCAUCCUCACAGCUGCAGAGGGAGACUGUAUGCUCCUCAGAACCAUGCAAGCUGGAGGAAAACAUACUCGCUGAAAAACAAGAAUCCCCAGUCCUCUGCUGGACAUCCCUCAGUUUCUAAUUCCUCCUCUGUUCAUCAGCCUCGACCCCUCAGUGCAGCUCACAGCAUGUCACUGCCCAGCCACAGCAGAACUGCCACUGUCUCAUCAGGGGUCUCUCAACAGACGAGAGAAGGGAGCAUAAGCGGCAUCACAGGUAUUAGCCGAAACACAGAAGAUGGAAAAGGAGGUUCAAGCUCAACGCAACACAAAACCCUCCACAGACUGAGUCCAGAAUUUCAGCAGAGGGCUGAAAGCCGGCGUGUGGUCAGCAGUUCUUCUGAAGUGACCUCUUCAGGCAUUGCAGACUCUUUGACCCGUUUGCAGAGCAACCCUCAAACACAGGGGAAGCCUUCACUGACGAGCAAAGUCAGCACUCACAAUAAAUGGACUCUUAUGGAUAAGACAACUCCAGCUGUGGUGACGGCUGGAAAUGACCUCCCACCUCUCUCUUCUCUGUCUAAAGUACCACAGGCUUCCAGCAACCCUCCCACCAGCCACCGGCAAGUCGGUCCAUCGUUUUUGAAAAAAUCCAAGUUCACUUGGGUUAAGACCCAGAAUGUGGGAGGGGUGGAACCUAAACAAGCCAACUCCAUUUCCCCUCCCACAGGCAAAGCGGUGACUGUGGCCCCAACGUCAGUCUCAAGAGCUGGAGUUGCCAGUGGAAGCUCAUCGGUAUUCACAGUCGGUAAGCGAACCCCAACCAGGAAGCCUCCCCGAAAGCUAAGCCCAAUUACUGCAGUCCCUAAGACCUCAAAGUACAAAUGGGUCUCCUCCUCUGUUGGAUCCCAAGCUAAAAUAUCUCGGAAAUCACCAUCACCCAAAGCUGUGACUGUUUCCCAGAGAGCUCUGGAGAAAGGAGAGGCCACCAGGAAACUCAGAAUGUCCUCUGCUCCCUCUGCUAAAAUAAAAAAGGAAAUUGUGGGUUCCUCUACGAGCUCCUCUCUGAGUAGCCGUUACCGCUGGAAGGCUGGAGGUCAGAGUACCUCAGCAGCGACAGGAGGAGCACCAGCCACCCGCCGAUCUGCUAGAUCUGCUUUCCACUGGACAUCAGAAAGAAGCAUCAGAGGAGUGAAAAGAGGGCUUGUUGGUUCUCCAUCUGCCACCCAGCAUACCUCCCUCACACCCUCCUCCUCCCCUGGCGGGUAUAAGCUCCGCAGCGCCAUGAAAAUCAUUAGGAGGUCUGCUAGUAGUGGAGGUGGGUCAGAGAAGGGGACCAGCCUAUCAGCAGUGAGGUCCUCCCUGCGGGGCCGUGUUUACAGCUCGACCAGGAACCCCACAGGAGCGAGGAGGACGCCCUGCAAGGAGCUAGUGUCUUUCGGGAGACAUAAGUUGAGGCGGCUCUCCCCUUCCUUCUCAAGGACAAGCCCCGCCCACUGUUCUCAACGUGGCCCUGCAUUUCAGCGCGAGUUCAGGACACGCCCGGGCAGCGCCGGACACACCCUCCACUACAACCCCGCCCUCUCUUGGAGAGCCAAGAGGAUCCAGUCUGCCAGGAGUUUCCUUCAGAGCCGUCUGCGAGCUCCCCACGACAGACACCCGUCGUCCACUCAGCACUGGAGACGAAGCAGCAUGUGCUGGAUUCGUGGCUCCCUGUACCGAGUGUCGGCCAACAAGCUGUCCCGCACCGCGGCGUCCAGCAUGUCGAUCAACCGAACAGGAAGGUCUUUCAGCACCGCCCAGGUCUCACCCGUGUCUGCUGCACUCAGCCGACCCUCCAGUACUCGUCAUUUAGCCAGCCGCGCGGUCCAGCGGAGCCUCGCCAUCAUCAGACAAGCUCGCCAGAAGAAGCAGCCGAAGCAGUACUGCAUGUACUACAACCGCUUCGGCAAGUGUAACCGUGGCAACAGCUGUCCCUACAUCCACGACCCGGACAAGGUGGCCGUCUGCACCAGGUUUUUGCGGGGGACGUGCAAGCAGGCGGACGGGACGUGUCCGUUCUCCCAUAAGGUGGCUAAGGAGAAGAUGCCCGUGUGUUCCUACUUCCUGAAGGGAAUCUGUAACAACAGCGACUGUCCCUACAGUCACGUCUACGUGUCCCGCAAAGCUGAAGUGUGCGAGGACUUUGUCAAAGGCUACUGUCCCGCAGGAGAGAAGUGUAAGAAGAAACACACUCUGGUGUGUCCAGACUUCUCUAAGACGGGAUCCUGCCCUCGAGGAGCCCGCUGUAAGCUGCAGCACCGCCAACGAGCCAAACGAAACACCAGCACCACCUCCAGCACCCCGGCCAAGAGAGCCCGGACCAGGGAGCCCUCCAAGAGGCCUCACCUGACCAUCAGCAUCCCGCAGGGCUCUCAGGCAGCACCGGGGACGCCCACUCACGGUCCCCUGCCUCUGCCGUCCUUCAUCUCCCUGUCCAGCUCCCCGGAGGAGGCAGACGCACCGGACUCACUGCUGGCUGAGACCUCGCAGGUUAAAGAGAAAAAGCUGCAGAUCAAGCCUCGGCUGUGAGGCGGCCGAGACCAGCGGCACUGAAGGUGAACAACACGAACGAAUGAAUUUUGAGCUCGGGUUGGUGCAGCUGUGUCUCCGCCCCCUGAAUCCACUCAGGGCCCGACAGACUGACCUUCUGCUUCGUUAAAUGUUUUUCCUUUGAGUCCGAGUGUUUACAGAGCAGAACUUCUCAUUGGGUUUUGUACAUUUUAAAGCAACAAAUAAAAAAGUAUCAACUCUGA